AUGCUGCUUUACUAUCGCCUCAGCAGCGAGCACGCGGGCUCGUACCGGCAGUGCCCGCUGUCCUGUAGCGCGCUGUCGCUGUCAGAAGUCAAGCAACUGCUGGCUGCGCGCUGCGGCCUCGCCAAUGAGUAUGGUCGAAAGAUUGACUUCCGCAUCUUCCUGGCGGGGAGCAGUCAGGCGUCCAGCGGCCCUAGCGGGGGGGCUUCGAAGGGCGAUGAGGAGCUGACGGAAGUCACGGACGAGAAUCAGAUGAUCCACGCGUACUCGAAAGUCGUGGUUCAGCGCGUGGCGAUAAUCUUUGGAGGCAACACGCAGAGCCUGCUGCAUAUCGCGCGCUCGGGGCUCUCGAAGGAAGAAUGCAAAACUGCGGAAGAGAGAAAGCUCGGCGGGCGGCUGAAGCGCCUGCCGCCAGAGUGGCUAUGCGGGCUGUGCCAGCGCGUCAUGACGCAUCCGGUGCUGGUGAAGUGCACGAGCAACUGCGCGCAGUCCGCGUGUCAAGCGUGUCUCGAGAGUCAGCUGGGGCCGAAUCGACUCUGUCCAUUCUGCAACAGUCCGUUUCGCCAAGCGAUUCGCAACAAACGCCUCGAGGAAAUCAUCGUCGCCGCCAACCUAUCCGAGUUCGAACCCGCUCCCGGGCUCUCGGCGGGCACUGGACCCAGCCAGGCUGUCAAGAGAAGCGCAGAGGGGGGCGCGGGCGGCAGAGGCUACCGCCUGGGCGCUGGCGAAGAGCCGUCGACAGAGAGUCACGUUGGCUCGUCUGGAGGCGCGUCUGCGGCUUUUCGCGGGGCGAAUCUCGCAAGCGAAGAGCCGCAGGAGGCCACGACGGGCGACAGCAGAGGCGUUGGAGGGGGACAUGCAGCUGGCGCCUGUCAGCAGCCCUUCCAGGAGGAGGCAGACUGGCUGCAUUUCGUGUAUUUGAUCCCGCAGGAGAAUUUGAAACUGAUGCGACAGUACGAUAUGAUGGUCAUUGAGGACGCGUCGAACCUCGCUGUUGCCCUCGCAUCUAAAGCUGAGAGUGGGCGCAAGGCAAAAAGUGACGGCCUCACGGCGACUCCGCAGCCACUGCCGGCGUCUGCAGAGAGGCCUGAAGACUCAGCGCAGGAGACAAGCAAGAACGUGUCAUCCGAGCGCGAUGGCUCAGUCGACGCCGCGAGUCUUUUGGCUGAGCCGGACGUCUGUGUGGUGCCUCUGUGCUCAUCGGGAGGCGGGACGUCGUUUUCGAUUGGCGGCUUUGCUCGGAUCCAAAGCGCAAGCCGUGUGGAUGCGGAGGCAGAUAGUGCCGCGGCCGCCGUCGUCCAGCAGUGGCAGAGUGCGUCUUCGUCGCACAGUCCGGGCGUGUAUCGCGUGACGUGGGAGAACAAAUUCAACCCGAUGCCUAUGCUGCCAUCCCGUAAACAACCUCUGUGUAACUUGCUGGGGGUCAGUCGGCGGCAGUUCGGGACGGGGGGUGCGGCUGCCGCUGGGUCGGUUCAGGGACUGUUACGACGUGAGGCUUUCGGCAGCGGCAGCGCGGGGGUGGUAGAGGCCGUGGUGGAGGCUUCGAAGUACGAGGAAGUGCUGACUUGCAUCAAAGAUUAUGCGCAAUUCGGCAGUCGCCCCGCGGAGCCGUGGCAGUACUCAACUCCUGCGGCGGCUUCAGCCACCGCCAAGAAGGGCCUGUCCACCGCCGGGGGCGCUGGCGCAGAUGCGGCGCGCGUCCCGCCUCCUCCGCCGCCUCCGCCUCCGCCGCUGCCCUCAAGCGGCGCGCCAGGAACGGCGCCUUCUCGGCGUGCUACGGGGGACGGCAGAAGCACUGCUGCCCCCCUUUGGGCGGGGGUAGCUCCCGCGAGUGCAGGCAGUGCACUUAUCAGUUCAGAUCCGUCGGCACCUCCUCCUGCCAGUGGAGAGGCCAAAGCUACGGGGACAGAACGCCCGUUUGGCAUUCCUGUAAGCCUCGGACCUCCCUUCUUGGGUUUGCGGGGUGAACCGGGGGACUCGAGUAACCCGUUCCUCGGAUACUGUGCGCUGCUCCCGCUGCUCACCGAAGAGCAGUUCCGGUACAUUCGCCGGCUCCAGAAGCGAGCCAUGGACGUCUGUGGCUACGCGACGCGAGCGCCAACUGCGACGAAGAAGAAACGCAGAGUCGUGAAAAAGAAGGGAAAAGAAAAAGACGCGCAAAGUCGCCAGUGCACCGAGGCUGGAACCCUCAAUAGCGCCAGCGAGCCGCGCGAGGCGCAGGACCACACUGCAGCGGCUGAAGGGGAAGAAAGCCAGGAAGCGAACAACAGCUGUGAAGGUGCGGGUACGAACGACAGACAUUCCAAGGCCCAACCCAACGAAAGUGAAGCACACGACACACGGCAUCCACUGUCAGACAUCGACCCUCCAGAGGCGGCGCGGCCGCGGAUUCCGGUUCGCAAGCCUCGGCCCCGUGUGCCGCCCCCCUUGCUCAAAGCCUCGCUUACUUCCGACGGAACCGAUACGGAGGCCUCUGCGAAAAAGGUCGGUGUCUCGAAGCUGAAUCAGAGCGGAGAGAAUGUGUGGUAUGCAAGGCGAAACGCCGAAAAGUACUAG